AUGUUGCAGAUUUCUCGUUGUACAUUGAGUACUGACACAAAUAAUAGACCACGACGAAUUUUAUCGUCAACAACAACUAGCAAAUCAUCAUCUUCGCUCAAAAAAGUUCAAAUAUCGAGGUAUUUGAAAUAUUUGGGAUUUUAAUUGGAAAUAUUAAUGAAUUCCAGACCUCGACCGUAUCCUUUUCAAGGAGUUCGUGUUAAAUUAGCAGCUAAUGAUAAUCAUUAUUCAUUGAGAUCGAAAAAAGAAUCGAAUAUUUUACCUGGAUCAACAUUGCCACCAAAUACUGACGCUUUUCUUGGAGUGAGUUUGAAGAUUAGAUUGAAGAAUUUGGAUAAAAAACAUCAUAAAUCCGAAAUUUUUUUUCAAAAAACAUUUUUGAGUUUCAGUCUUCUUCUAGAAUUCUCGCACGAAAUCGGAUAUUUGAAUUCAAUUUUCUAGAUUUCGAGAUUUUUUAUAGGAUACUGUAGUAUCUGAAGCUGAAAAGCUUCCUGUUUCUCACAUUUAUAUUCCAGAAACCCCGAAAAAAUUACAGUAGUUCUAAAAAGUCAGAAAGAUAUUCUGAAUCUACAGUAACCCUUUGAAUGUAGUUUGUUCUACAGUAUCCCGUAAAGAGCCCCAUUUUUUUCGUAGAUCAGUAAUAAAAAUUAACAAAUAAAGUUGCGGAGUAAAUUACAGUACUAAAAAUUCAAAUUAUCAAUUUUUAAUUCAUUUUUUUCAGAACAAACGACGAAAAUGA